AUGGACCCGCUUGGCGCCACUCAGGCCGACCUUGCCGCUGCUCAGGCGGUGGGAACAGGUGCCAACAGUUUCCCGGGCGCAGCGCCUGAGGUGGCCCGGCAGCGUCAGGCGGAUCAGAGUUCCGCAAUCCUAAAGCUCAAGGGUCUUCCAUACUCAGCAACUGAGAAUGAUAUCCGUCAAUUUUUUGCACCAUAUGAGUUGAAGGGUGUGAGCUUCGUCUAUGAGCCAGACGGACGGCCCAGCGGCUUGGCAUUUGCUGAGUUUGUGAGCAAAGAGGAAGCGCUAAAGGCCCUUUCCAAGAACGGCGAGUAUAUUGGUCAACGUUAUGUUCGUUUGCUGCACGUCCCGCGCGCGGAAAUGGAGGAACAAGUGCGGCUUGGCACUCUGGCAAUCCCGGGCGCUGCAGCCAAGCUUCGCUCUCGGAUGAUGCGCUCUCAGCAACGGAACAGCGCAGUCUAUAUGGCGACUGGGCCGCUCCAGCUUGUGCCAACGACCGCGACAUCGCCCACUAUCAAGAUUCGCGGGCUGCCGUACGGCAGUAGCCCCACGGAGAUCCUUGCGUUCUUCCAGACGUAUCAUUACCUUCCCGAUACGCUGCAGAUCGGUUUAGAUCAGCUGGGGCGCCCGUCGGGCGAGGCAUGGCUCAGCUUCAGCAGUCCACAGGAAGCUCUACGUGCAGUACGCGAUCUAAAUAGGCAUUACCUUGGAACGCGUUACUUGGAGCUCAGUAUCUGCUAA